AUGGACAAAAUCUUCUCCUGCGACUACCAGCCGGUCUCAGAAGUGGACGCUGAUAGAGACAGUGAUGCCACCAUCACCAACCGACCAACCCGUCGGGCUCAAGAAUUUCUGGAAAAAAAUCUGGCCACAAUCACAAUCACAGGACUUCUCAUUGUCCUAAUACUUCUAGUAACUGCUGUGAUCAUAGCAAUCACCGUCGAACCCUUCCGCCGAGUUCUGAUCAUGAAAGCGACCCCCACUUCCACUGGACACACCGGAACCUCCGUCUACCCCGUGGAGCUCAACAGCCAGCGACAAUGUCUACCAACAACACCACGCAUAACCUAUUCAUGCGGGAACUCGACGACCGAAGCCGAGGCCCGCGGUUGCGCGUAUGACCCUCUUGCCGGCUGCUGGCUUCACAAGGAAUGCCCGCGAGACUUCACGCACGAGUUCGCAACUUUCAACCACGGCAAACCAUUUGUCUACUACUACGACGAAGGAAUGACGCGGCAAAUGAAGGACUAUGAUGAGGUCGGCCGCAACCCGGAUCGCUAUUGGACGUCUAUCCGCGAGCAUCUGGUUCAUUGCUUGUAUCUCCUGCGAAGGGGCCAUGAGGUCCAUAUGCGUGGUGAUCGGCUCGAUACCAUGCUUGGAGAUCUUGAGCAUGUUGAUCAUUGCACUAACAUGUUGGCUGAUUGGCUACGGAGAGAUGAUCCUGUGUUGGAUCAUGUGGGCACUUCAGGGCAAACCCAUUGCUUUAUGUCUUGCACUUGA